GCUAAAGGAAGGCCGCACGGCAGGCUAACGGCUAGCAAGCUAAUACGCUAACAGGCUAGCAAAGUAAUAACCAGCUAAUAAGCUAGCAGGCUAACAAGCUAACAGGCUAAUAAGGUAGCAGGCUAACAGGCUAGCCGCCACCCCUUUGCUGGAAUAUUCGGUUUCCAUUGACCCGAACCGCCUCACUUUGCUGACUGUAAACUAAGCAGUUAUUAGGGCGAGUGGAGAGUGACACGUCGACGUCGUAUUUCCCGCUGCUUACUUAAAAUAUAGUUGACUGAGAUUAGACCUUCAGAUCAAAAUGACAGACACAAAGCGUCUAGCAUUCUCCAUCAUCCAGUUUCUACACGAGCAGUUAAACUCUGGGGGUCUGUCAUCAGAUGCACAGGAAAGCUUGGAGGUUGCUAUACAAUGCCUGGAAACAGCUUUUGGUGUCUCAAUUGACGACCGGAGCCUUGCAGUCAAAGAGACGUUACCAGAGAUUUUUGCCCUGGGUGCUUCAAAGUCCCAAGAUACCCCAGAAGUAAAGAUAAACUUAGUGGCAGAUUCCCCGACUGAGGAGCAAGUCAUUGAGGCAGAAAGACUAAAGACGGAAGGUAACGACCAGAUGAAAAUUGAUAACUUCAAUGCAGCGGUGGAGUUGUACUCUAAAGCCAUCGAGUUAAACCCGAAAAGUGCAGUGUAUUUUUGCAAUAGGGCUGCUGCUUACAGCAAAUUGGAGAAUUACGCAGGAGCGGUACAGGACUGUGAGCUUGCUAUUGGGAUAGACCCCAGUUACAGUAAAGCCUAUGGGAGAAUGGGAUUGGCUCUGGCAAGUUUAAACAAACACACGGAAGCGGUAAAUUACUACAAGAAAGCGUUGGAGUUGGACCCAGACAACGAGACCUACAAAUCGAACCUGAAGAUCGCUGAACAGAAAAUGAGGGAGACAUCAAGCCCGAUGGGUGGGAUGGGUGGAGUUGACCUGGCUGGUUUGCUUAGUAAUCCUGGGUUUAUGAACAUGGCGUCGUCUCUAAUGAAUAACCCACAAGUACAGCAGCUGAUGUCAGGGAUGAUGUCAGGAGCGUACGGUCCUGUUGGGGGGGCUGCGGCUCCCGGGGGAGGUACAAAUGACCUCUCUGGCCUCAUCCAAGCGGGCCAGCAGUUUGCACAGCAGAUGCAGCAGCAGAACCCAGAGUUGAUCGAGCAGCUGAGGAGUCAGAUUCGCAGCCGAACACCGAGCGCCAGCAAUGAGGAUCAACCUUGAUACUCACACUGAUAAGGAUAUAUUCAUCAAGUGAAGACAUUCUGCCCUCAUGUUAUUUUCAACUUAUUUUUUUUUCUCCAACUCCAGGGAGAAGUGUUUAACUUGCAUGUCUGGCCCCUUUCGACUAUUGUUUAAAAUAAGAGUAAAAUCUACAAAACCAAAAAAAAUACUAACUGAAGAGAGGUUGUUUCUGGAAAAGUCACAGCAGUUCUCACAACCAUGUAAAGGUCACAUUCAUUAUAGUGGAGUAAAUACUGUCAGUGUAGCAUGUGGUUUAGCUGUCAUGCAGAUCCAUUCCCAGCAGGAGGACCCUUUCAUAUAAGGAAGUAAUAAUCCGCUCCCCCAGGAGCGAAACUUAGCCUGUGAAUUUAUUUAUCUUCAUGACAUCAUUGCAAUUAUUAACAUUUGCACAGCUGUUUGUAUAAGAAAUGGCCAACUACAUCAUUCUGAGCUUUCAGUAGUGUAUCAUUAACUGAACUUUUUUAUGACGUUCUUAUUGGUUGUGUGAGAAAAAGCGGCUCAUGCUCUUCCGUAAGAGUUCCAUAAGAUUGUGAGUUGAUUUUUUAUUUUUUAAUUACGACCUCCUGAAACUGCUCCUUCCUGAUAACUUGUUGCACUCGCUCCCCUGUUUGAUUAAACCAAUCUGUGGACUUCUGGAA